UGGUUGUGGGGGACCGGUUGCACGUGACCACCUUCGAAUCUACCUGGCACUGCACCACCGCCGCCACCAGCGACAGGUUCUCGACCACCAGAUCCGCUGACUUGAGCGUCCCGACAUCCACCGGCCCAAAGUCCAGCAGCGCCCGGCGUCACACGUACCAGCGACGUACACAUGUUGACCGUACACGGCAGGGACAGCCGCUCCACCGACCGGUCGCCGUCGGCCUUGCUCACCACGCUGUGCUCGCAGAACAGCGUGAACGACUGCCGCUCAAACUGCCCGGCGUUGAUGCCACCGUCGCCACUACCGGUCUCCGAGAGGAGUUCAUCGGGGCGCGCGUGGCUCGCUUCAUCCGUGGUCAUUGUGGCCACCUCGUCGUCGCCGGCCAAACGGCUAUCGUCGUCCGAGCGCCCCGCGCAUCGGAUCCUCGCCGGUCUCCAUCACCGGCGUCUCACCGGCUUGCCGCACUGCCGAUCUGAUCGCUAGCCGUGACACAUUGCCCUCGACGCGGAAUCGCAUCACCACUAGUGCAUCCGACACAUUGCGGAACACCACCUCGCGCCUGUACCACACGCCACUGGUGCAGUCGCCAAAGUUGAUGUCUGCUGCGCUCAUCAGCUCGAUGCGU